AUGUCUUACGAACCGUCUGAUCCGCGGCGGUUUACGCUAGAGAAUAAAGCAGGGCGCGCCGACGAGGCAGGAGCAUUCGUAUCCGGCUCCGGCAAGGACAAGGACAAGGACAAGGACGCGCCCGGCAACCGCCCCACGAGCGGCUCCUUCUCGCGCAGGUCGCUGAGCUCCGUGAUGGGCGGCCUGUCGUCGCUCUCGCUCCGCAGCGGCGCUGGCAACGGCGGCAGUGGCGCUGGCGACGAGAAGGAGCGCGGACGCUCCAAGGACAAGAGCAAGCCCGACCGUCCGGGCGCCGGGGUGCGCUCGAGCUCGUUCGCCGGCACGAGCGGCGACGCGCAGGACGCGGCGGGCGGGCGAACGCGUAGCCAGUCGCCGUUCCGCUUGCGGCGCGCGCGCAUGCGUGACCCGUCGCCCGCCGUCGAAGCGCUGUCGGUGUCGGACGCCGAGUCGGACUCGGAGGCGCCGCGCAUCCGGCCGCGCAACGCGUUCUCGCUGUCGGCCACGUCGGACGACGAGUCGGGGGAGGAGACGGAGGACGACGAGGGCUCGGAGGAGUCGUGGAGCGACGACGACCAGUUCGACCAGGUGACGGAGCGCAACACGGAGCGCAACGCGCUGAUCCCCGCGGACCUCGCGGACCAGGACGUCGUCGACGUGCCGGAUCCGCUCGGCGAGGGCGUGAACGUCGUCGUGCCGCCCGAGCCGUACUUCCCGUCGACGCUGAACCACAGCGCGCACAAUACGAGGCGCCGCAAGAGCACGCGGCCGGACCCGCUCCCGCUCGACACGUCGCGGCCGAUCUUCCAGCGCGACCGGUGCACGAUCACACUCAUCCAUGGGGAUCCCGGAGGCAUGUUGGAGGAGACGGGACGGCGGAGCAGGCGCUACGUCCUCGCGAGCGACCUGAGCGAUGAGAGCCGAUAUGCGCUAGAGUGGGGAAUCGGCACGGUGCUCAGAGACGGUGACGAGAUGCUCAUUGUGACUGUCAUCGAGAACGAGAACAAAAUCGAUCCCCUGAUACCCAAUCCUGCCGACAGAGCCGCAAAGCUGCGCAGCCAGCAAGAGCGACAAGCGUUGGCGUAUAUCCUCGUCCGCCAGGCGACGAGCUUGUUGCAGCGCACCCGUCUACACGUCACCAUAUCGUGUCAAGCAUGGCACGCGAAGAAUAGUCGGCACAUGCUUCUUGAUAUCGUUGACUUCGUUCAGCCUAGUAUGUUAGUCGUCGGUUCUCGCGGGCUGGGAAAGUUGAAAGGCAUUCUGCUCGGCUCGACGUCACAUUAUCUCAUCCAGAAAUGCUCCGUACCUGUCAUGGUCGCCCGCCGCAGACUCAAGCGUCCGCCCAGGCGCUCUGCCCACCUCGCCCCGCACCGUGCGCGCGUGUCACUUGCACAGGCCGCCGGCAUCGAUCGCAUGGCUCCCAAGGUUGAUCAGGACGUCCAGGAGAUGCGCACGCAGAUUGAGCGCGACGACGAGGACCGACGGAAUGGCGCGCAGACGGACGGCGAGGACGAUCCAGAUACGGAGGUCGAGGGCGAGCCCGCGCACCAGUUGGGAACGAAAGUGCGGGGCGAAUAA